GCAUCACACAGCACAAUAUCAAGCUAGAAAGCAACUGAACCAAGCCAACAACGACUCUUGUUCUAUUCGGUUUAACUACCGGCUCUACUUCCAUUCUCCAAUCCAGUGCUGCUCGUUACUUCGACUUCGCCAUAUCGUGGCUGCUACCUUUUCCGUCUCUUUUCCUUUUCUCUGUGCCGCACCUGAAAAAGGCGUCGGUCGGCGGUCAAGGCCAACCACCCAACACAUUGGAACCGAACCAACCGUCAAUCUGCCCCAACCCGGAACGCUCAGUCCACGAAUAACCCAAGUCAUUGACCAUGACGUUGGGGUCCCGCGCGAAGCCAGCACCGCCGCUUUUACGCCUCCCCCCAGUCAUCCGACGUCACAUCUACCGCUUUCUUGGUUUGGCAUCGUGGAACGGCUCCCCUUACGGCUUCGACCUGAAUGGCCCACGGCGCCAAGUUAGCUGGCUGGCUUGGGCAUGGGAGGAACAAAACCCCAAUGACUUUCACGGCAUACUGCUCUCAUGCCGGGACCUUCACGCCGAGACAGCUGCCCUGCUAUACUCGGCCAACCGAUUCAUCCUAUACUACACGAACCCUGGUUCCCUCCAGCCUCUCUUCGCGCUGACCCCGAUGGCCCUAUCGUCUCUUGCCUCCCUCAAGGUCGUUCUUAAUCAAGCCUCCUGCCACCAGCGGAUACAAAACCACGACGGCCGGGAUUGCUGCCUUUAUCAGUGUGAUUGGCAUUCGAGCGCCGUCAGUUCCACCUGUGAAAGGCAAUUCCAUUCUCGCGAGCACCAGCCCCCGCUGCUUAGCCCAGCGCCUGAAGGUGACGACGACCCAUCAGAGGCAACCCGAGCUCUGCUAGGCGAGUGGCAAGCCGCCGCUAGCCAUCUAUCUCCUUACGUCACCCCUGGACGCCUAGAGCUCAGCCUGGUCUGCGAUAUUGACCCAAAGCAUGAACAGGCAGUCGAGCUAGCCAGAUCGGCCCUCGGGCCCCUUCUUCUCUUCCCGUUGCUGAGGAGCUGCCACAUCCGCCUUUGCAAGACGCCCGAUUCUCGGCUGCGCCAACUAGCGCAGGAUGCUGUUUUGCAAAGCACUGGCCUGUCGGCCCCGUAUGCGAAGCCGACGUCGACAAGAAGCACGCUCGUAACCCUCCCGCGUGAGCUCCGGCUUCGCAUCCUCGAGCUUACUGACCUUGUCACUCCGAGUAAGGAGGUCUGGUGGAGCAGAGACAACCCCAAAUACGUAUGGUGGGAUAUGGGAGGUACCGGGCACUGUGUGGACAACGCUUGGUCCGACUGCCAAUUCAACGCGUGCUGGCACCGCACCCGCACCCGCAUCCGCGCCCACGGCGGGUCAUCCAUCGGCUGUUUUUGUCAUCGCCGACACGCGGCCUUUUCGGCUUCCUGCACCUGCUGGGCUGCGCCCGGGCCUGCUCUGUUUCUCAUUUGCCGCACCUUGUAUCGGGAUGCCCAGCUGGUCUUCUUCACGACCAAUCGUUUCGUCGUCCACGACUUUCGUAUGCUCCCGCCUUUUUCGAUGCCGCAUCCUCGUCGCGGGAACUCUGAAAUCGUCAUAGUGAACUACCCAUUAAAACGCCUCGCCGCCUCCCAAUUCUUGCGCGAAGUUGUCCCUGCCCACUGUCUCGCGCAUCUCCGCUUCCUCGAGCUAGUAUUUCCUCCGUACCUUCCCUCUACGUGGCCAGGAACGGACCAUCCGGCAAUGCGGGACUGGUGGGAGACAGUUGGAUGGCUCCGGGACAAGAUCAAUGGGCCGGCACUCACUCUCCGACUGGUCGUAACCGAGCAUAAGUACGAUGCGCCGGGUGGUGAUAACCCCAUUAUCACAGCCGCCGAAGGGGCCAUAGUCCACAGAGCAUACAUGGAUCUAUUACAACCUCUGAAACAGCUGGCCGAAGGGACGGACGGUCUCUCCAGGUUUUAUGCUGAUUUACGGUAUCCAUGGGAGCGGACGGCAGAGUCCCUGGAGGCUAGGCCUGAAGACGAUGAGCCGAAUUGGUUCCGGGAGGAAAAGAAGGCACUGAAAAAGACCGCCGAGCGAUACGUCAUGGGUGACCGGUACGACAGCGUAUACGCGAAUGAUAAGGAGGAGCCGAAGCACAGCCUUUGGCAGCACGUUACUUACAGGCACUUUUAGGCGAUGGAACCACCCCCUGAGCACCCCCUGAGCACCCCCCUGAGCAGCUGAGCAAACCGCUGCCCUGCCAAGAAUCUCGACGUCGGCGGCCAGGGCCGAGCACAUGACAUCAUCGCUCAGAAAUCAUCCCUCAGCCACCCACGCGGCGACACGUCACCCCACAUUUCCCGUCUCACCACCACCAUUUGUGCUUCAUACCUCGGACCACAACUUCACCAGGACAGCCAAGACCAAAUCAACGCCUUUAUCAGCACAGACUACGGAUUCAGAUACUCCGAUCCAUAUCAUUGAACAAACACGCGACGAGCCGACCCAUCAUUACCAACCAACCCCAACACUCGCUCACUCAAUCAUAAUUGAAACCCCAAAACAAACCUCUCACCAAGAAACCCCCCUCCCCGCACCCAAAGAACAUGGACGCCCAAGC